AUGGUGGGACUGGACUCGAGUGGAAAGACAUUCAUAGCUAAUAGACUCAUAUAUGGCAACGAGAAGUACGUACGUCCAGUAUUGCCCACCAAAGGGUAUACUGUCUAUCAAAUGGUAUAUAAGGGACAGUCGUAUACCUUAUGGGACUGCGGGGGUAGUAAAAGGUUCCGGGAUUUAUGGCGCAACCAUUACGCGGGUACUUAUGGCCUGAUAUUUGUCGUGGACGCCAGCGACCGGUGCCGUAUGGAUGAGGCCAGGGAUGUGUUGCAUACGAUUGCGAUGGACAGGGAGAUGGAGGACGUGGUGGUCGUCGUGUUGGCUAAUAAACAGGAUGUGCCUAACGCGAUGAAAGCCAAAGAGAUUGAGUUUGCAUUAGACAUGAAUCGCCUGAACCAACAGCACUGGCAUAUCCAAGAGGUAUGUGCUAUGAAUGGCUAUAAACUGGACGACUGUUUGCUACCAUUCCGGUUGAAAUUGAAAGCAAAGCCAACACUGAGUCGCAGUAUUUACGCCAAAAUUGAUAAUUAUUGA